AUGGGAGGCGAUCUCGAGACGACCAAGGCCGAACGGGACCUCCACGACCAGACCAACAUACUUCCGUUUAGGCAACUUAUGGUGGUUUUUGCAACCCUGGCGGUUACCCUCCUUAUUGCAUUUAUCGACCAAAAUGGCAUCAGUAUUACAUUACCCACCAUCGCCGCGGAUCUUGACGCCGAAGACACCAUCUCAUGGGCAGGAACAUCGUCACUUAUCGCCAAUACCAUGUUCCAGAUGCUUUACGGACGAUUUUCCGACAUCUUCGGCCGAAAGUCCAUUUUUCUGAGCGCAAUUGGCCUAUUGGCUUUUGCCGAUUUGCUAUGUGGCCUCUCGCAAAACGCGGCAAUGUUUUACAUCUUCCGAGGCAUUGCUGGAAUCGGAGGUGGGGGUAUCACGAACCUGGCCAUGAUUAUUGUCUCCGAUCUUGUGACCCUCGAGCGGCGUGGAAAGUACCAAGGCAUCAUAGGAAGCAUGGUCGGGUUAGGCAAUGUUCUUGGCCCAUUCCUGGCCGCGGCUUUUGUUGAGAGAGCGACAUGGAGGGCCUUCUUCUACAUGCUGACGCCACUCGGAGUGGCUGUCGGUGUUAUUGCUUACUUCUUCUUACCCUCAAACCCUCCAGAUGAGGAUUUCUCGAGCAGUGUGAAGAAGAUUGACUACGCCGGCUCUUUUACUUCGUCGGCUGGCGUCAUUUUGCUCCUGAUUCCUAUCUCAGGCGGUGGUGCCUACUUUCCUUGGAACUCCGCGAUGGUCAUCAGCAUGUUGACUAUUGGCGCACUCGCUCUUGUCUCCUUCGUGAUCGUGGAGUGGAAAUUCGCCAAGUUACCUAUGAUGCCUAUUCCUAUUUUCAAAAAUAAGGCUGUCGUCAUUAUGCUGGCGCAAACCUUUCUUUUCGGCGCUGCGUAUCAGUCAUAUCUCUACUACGUCCCGCUUUAUCUUCAGAACGCGCACCAAUUCUCAGUAUUGCAGUCUGCUAUCAUCUACGUUGGCUUGGUAGUUUGUCAAGCAGUCUUUUCCAUCCUUUCCGGCCAGUACAUAUCACGCACCAAGAGAUAUGGGGAAGUGAUUUGGCUAGGAUUUGGCUUCUGGACACUGGGAGCUGGUCUUUCGCUGAUCUACGACCGCGAUACGAAACCAGGCAUUAUCGUCAUACCUCUCUUGAUUGUCGGAGUCGGUGUAGGCUUCAUCUUCCAGCCAACCUUAGUUGCCUUGCAGGCACACAGCAUCAAGUCCCGACGGGCAGUAAUCACCUCAAACCGCAACUUCUUCCGCUGCGCCGGCGGUGCAUGCGGUCUUGCGAUAUCGGCAGCCAUCCUUCAAGCAACACUUCGCGCAAACCUUCCAUCAGAGUUCAAGUACCUGUCGAGUAGCACCUACUCGAUUCCCGACCUCAGUGGGGACGAUAAGUCGAGGGUUCUUGACGCUUACAUGGCCGCCAGCCGAGCGGUGUUUAUCUUCCAAAUUCCGCUGGUUGGACUCUGUUUCCUCGGGUGCUUCUUCAUCAAAGACCGAGGUCUGGAGCCGAUUGAAGAUCCUGAAGAGGAGAAGGUUUCAUCCAGUGAGAGCAGAGACGAGGAGGAGGCAUCUUCGGGAGAGGACAGGCAUGGCAGGAAUGAGGAGAACGGACAACAGCAGGCAUCAACUCACCGAUCACAGUCAGAGUCUUCUCGCUCUCCGGCGUAG